GAGAUGAGUCAAGUGGCCUCCACUCCCUUAACAAAGAACAACGACCAUCCGGAAAGUGGCCUGACACCACCAGAAGAGAUCGAACUCAUUGCCUCCUUUGCAGAUUUACCAGCGGUGGAACAAAAAGAAAUUAUUAAUAGACUCGAAUCGCUUAAAACCCAACUUAUCAGGAAGCUCAGCACCAGAAUACCUAUGUACAGCGAGUAUGACAUCCUAGAAGAACCAGUUCAUAUGGAUAUCGCAAUAUCUAAUGCUAAAUGUAUGUCG